AUGUACGGAAUUCGCGACUCUGGGAAUAUAAUCCUCAUACUUGCUAUUCUGGGAAGUAUCCCAGGCAGCAUAGUGGCCGGUUUGCCUGUUACCCCGAACAAAGGUAUCAAAGGCAAUGUCGACUCAGCAGAGCAAAUCUUCUACGCUGUAGAUUGCGAUACCCAUACCUACGGUAUAGCCCGCCACUGUCAGGCUCGAUGUAACGGAAGGGGUCACGUUAUCUUCAACGAGACCCGAUGCCCUAUCGGAUCAGAAAAUGCCGAUGAUAUCUACUCGGAUUGUUGGUGCGCUCCAGAAUGCGUUCCUUGUAAGGAGGAGGAUGAAGAAUAG